AAGGAGAUUUUUAUCAGUUGCUGCUUCUUUCUUCUCAGAUUGAUCCAUGCGCGAGGCAAUCGUUGUAGGUCUCGUGAGAUGGAAAUCGUUGAUGAUGUCUUAUAUCUCUUCGCCUUCUCUGUUAUGCUUUGCUCUAUUGUUUGCUGUGAUGUUGAUGAUGGCUAUUAUAAACCUUCACCGACAGUGAUUUCUUUGAUUAAUCAGACCCAUAGCAGAUAUUGUCUUUCUUUCAUUCACACCAUGGCAGAAGGUAGUCAGCAAUCACAAAAGCGAAGUAAUCAUACGUGGACCGCCGAAGAGGACAAAGUCCUCAUUGAAUGUCUGUCCGAGAUUGGACCAUGUUGGAGGGGAGAUAACGACUUUAAAGCUGGAUAUUCCAGUGCUAUGGAGAAGAUGAUGCACCAGAGGAUCCCUGGUUGUUCCCUCCGGUCAAUUCCUCACAUCACUUCCAGGGUGAAGUUGCUUAAAAAACAAUAUAAUGCUAUACAUGAAAUGGUUGGAGGAAACGGUGGAAGCGGCUUUGGUUGGAAUGAUGCAAAAAAAAUGAUCGAUGUAGAGAAGGAAAUAUUCGAUGAAUGGGUGAAGAGCCACCCUACUGCAAAGGGUCUAUACAACAAGCCAUUCCUUCACUAUGAAGCUUUGGGGACUAUAUUUGGCAAGGAUGUGGCUAGUGGUGGUAAUGCAGAAUGCCCACAAGAAUCAGUGAACCAUUUGGAACGAGACCAUGCUUUUCUUGAUGAGAGUGGAACUGUAUUUGAUGACUACCUAGACCUUACAUGAGACUACAUACCCGCACCAUGCCAGGAAACUGCAAGCCUGACAUUGCAACUGAAAACCCAAUCGAAGCAGCAUCUGCAGCUGCAAUUAAUGUCCAAAAGGGAAAGAAAAGACAAAGGACCCCCGAUCCUGUAGUUGUAGAAGUUGUUGGUGUCAUGAAGGGUAUUUCCCAAAGUUACCAAAAAACUACCGACAACAUGGACAAGUUGGUAGCGUGCUUUGAACAACAGCAAGCUGGAAGCAAUAGGCGGAUAUCUAUUAUGACUGAGCUUGAAAAAUUCGAAGAUCUAACUAUGCCUCAGAUGGUUCACGUUGUUGUGCAACUGGGUAAAGAUAGCAAUUUAACGGACAUCUUCAUGCAAUGCAACGAUGUGGCAAGGCGAUGCCUGGUGUCUGGGUUGUUGUCUGAUUACUUCUAAUAAUAGACAUCAAUAUUUUUUGGUCCAGUAGGGAUAUUUUGUUACACUCUCUAUGUGUUAUAUUUUGGUGUGGUUUAUUUUCGUAGUAUUUGCUUAUAAUUGUACACACAUGGCUGCAGUAGAGUCAAAUACAAAUACUGACUCUAACAUUUCAUUUUUUGUAUUAGCCAUAACUGAUACAAGUUAAAUUAUGUAAUGGUGAGGCCUGUUGAGUUCCAAUACCAAGAGGCACAAGUUUGACAGUAUGGGGGCCAUGUUGCUGGGUUCGGUUUUGUUCCUGCACAAUCAGUCCCUUUGCAAGGAAACCCAGCUAUACAAUUCCCUAUCUCAUAGGCCUUUGGUGAGUUCGAUUUUGUGCCUUGAAGUUGUAAUCCCUAUUUGGAAGACAGAUUGGGUGUACAAUUCAUUCAGACGUGGGGGAAUUGUAAGUUCAAUCUGCAUAUCCAUGUUCUUUUUGUCAUGCUACAACGAUUAAAAAGUCAUGCUGUGGAGAAGAACAUUGGAGGGAUCGAAGUCAUGGGCAUUGACUGUUGCAUCAGGUUAUGAUGUUUGGCAGCAUUGAUGUGAGGCAGUUGCUGAUCCAUGUCUUCCCAGAUAAACUCCAAAGGCCAACAACAUGAACCAUUCAUGCAUACUGUGUUUGAUGUAGGGUGUAUGAAGUAAAUAUUUUGCUUUGAAGUCAGAUGUAAU